CUGUUGUCUUCUGCGAAAACUAGUGGCAUAAAGUCCACUUGACACAUGCUGCAAGGAACUGUUACUUAAAGUCUACUGAAAAUGGAUGUCUUGUAGCCUGCUGUUAAAUCCUGCCGCUGCUGCACCUCUGGCAGCACUUCUAGAUGAUCACAUGACUCUUGAUAUGGAUGCGGUCCUGUCAGACUUUGUUCGGUCCACAGGGGCAGAACCGGGUCUGGCAAGGGACUUGCUGGAAGGCAAAAACUGGGAUUUAUCUGCUGCUCUGAGUGACUAUGAACAACUGAGACAGGUUCAUACGGCGAACCUUCCCCAAGUGUUCAAUGAAGGGAAGUACCCCAAGCAGCAGCUGCAGGAAAGAGAGCCUCCUCAGCCAGUGAACAAGCAUGAACGGCCGUCUCUUCAAAGACAGGAUGAUCUUGCUCAAGAAAAAAGGCUUUCUAGAGGAAUUUCCCAUGCCAGCUCAGCAAUAGUCUCCCUUGCCCGUUCCCAUGUGGCCAGCGAAUGCAACAGUGAACACUUCCCCUUGGAGAUGCCUGUCUACACAUUCCAGCUCCCUGAUCUCAGCGUCUACAGCGAGGACUUCAGGAGCUUCAUUGAGCGAGAUUUGAUCGAGCAAGCAACCAUGGUGGCUUUGGAACAAGCAGGUCGUCUUAACUGGUGGUCCACGGUGUGUACAAGUUGUAAACGGCUUCUUCCACUGGCAACCACGGGGGAUGGAAACUGCCUCUUACAUGCUGCUUCUCUAGGGAUGUGGGGCUUCCAUGACAGGGACCUCGUGUUGCGGAAAGCCCUCUAUACCAUGAUGAGGAGCGGCGCUGAAAGGGAAGCCCUCAAGCGGCGGUGGAGGUGGCAGCAGACGCAGCAGAAUAAGGAGUCCGGGCUCGUUUAUACAGAAGAAGAGUGGGAGCGGGAAUGGCAUGAACUUCUCAAGCUGGCUUCGAGCGAACCACGCACUCACUUCAGCAAAAAUGGAGGCACUGGUGGAGGAGUUGACAAUUCAGAAGAUCCGGUGUACGAGAGCCUAGAGGAGUUCCAUGUUUUUGUCCUAGCUCAUAUAUUAAGACGGCCUAUUGUCGUGGUUGCGGAUACAAUGCUCCGAGACUCAGGAGGGGAAGCAUUUGCACCGAUUCCGUUUGGUGGAAUUUACUUGCCUCUGGAAGUUCCACCGAACCGAUGUCACUGCUCUCCCCUAGUCCUUGCCUAUGAUCAAGCGCAUUUCUCUGCUCUUGUGUCAAUGGAGCAAAAAGAUCAACAGAGGGAACAAGCGGUGAUCCCUUUGACCGACUCUGAACACAAGUUACUGCCUUUGCACUUUGCGGUUGAUCCAGGGAAAGACUGGGAGUGGGGGAAGGAUGACAAUGAUAACCUCAAGCUGGCCAAUUUGAUUCUCUCUCUGGAGGCAAAGCUUAACCUUCUGCACAGUUACAUGAAUGUCACCUGGAUACGCAUACCAUCGGAAACACGGGCUCCUCUGGCUCAGCCAGAAUCUCCCACCGCAUCAGCCGGAGAAGACGUUCAGUCUCUGGCUGACUCCAUGGAUUCGGACAGGGAUUCCCUCUGUAGUAAUUCUAAUGGCAAUAAUGGCAAAAACGGGAAAGAGAAAGAAAAACAAAGAAAGGACAAAGACAAAAAUCGGGCGGAUUCCGUGGCUAAUAAACUCGGGAGCCUCAGCAAAACCCUUGGCAUCAAGCUAAAGAAGAAUAUGGGUGGGUUCGGGGGGCUAGUGCACGGCAAAAUGAGCAGAGCAAAUUCGGGAAACGGGAAAAAUGGGGAGAUAGUUGAAAAAGUUAAAGAGAAAAAGUCCAAGUCACGAAAAGGAAGCAAAGAGGAAUCUGGUCAAUCGGCAAGCACUUCCCCUUCUGAAAAGACAACGCCCUCUCCCACUGAGAAGUCAGACCCAUGGAAAUAUAGCACUGAUGUAAAGCUGAGCCUCAACAUUUUGAGAGCCGCCAUGCAAGGGGAACGCAAGUUCAUUUUCGCCGGUCUCCUCCUGACCAGCCACAGACAUCAGUUCCACGAGGAGAUGAUCGGUUAUUACUUGACCAGUGCUCAAGAGCGCUUCAGCGCGGAACAGGAGCAGAAGAGGAAGGAGGCAGAGAGGAAGGCUGCUCUCAACGGGACGUCUUGCAGGAAGCUGGAGCAGGAAGUGUACUCGAAAGAGAAGCUGGAUUCGUCUCCUCAGGGAAGGGCAUCACCCGUCUUGCCUCAAAGCCAUACAACUCAACUGGUUUUAAAGUUUAAAGACCGCACUAGCCCCACACCAGUGUCAUUUUCUUCACCUAGCAAUGGUGCCAAGAAAAGUGGACCCAUCCCAGUAUCUGCCCACUAUAGCCAUACGCCUCCCGUUCAAAGGCAAAGCGUCAUCCAUUUGCAUGAUGUCAGCUCCAAGCCAUCAAGCUUCCAAGAUGAUACUUACAAGCCGGUAGUCGGCACUUUAAAAACAUGCGCCACGUAUCCCCAACAGAACCGAUCGUUGUCUUCACAGAGCUACAGCCCGGCCCGGAUAGCUGGUAUCCGUACAGUCAAUACGGUAGAAUCCCUGGCCUAUGCCAUGCCUACGGACCACAAGUCGCAGACAUAUACAAAUGGGUUUAAUACCAAUGACAUUAGAGACUGCUUAGAAUAUGCUGAUGAGGAGGCGCCUCAGACCUGGUUGAACAAUGACAAAAACCGAGGCAGAAGCACAGUUUGCCCGAUAUAUUCGAUCCAGCAGAACCGCUGCAGGAAGGAGAACUGCUCCUUUUACGGUCGCCCUGAGACUGAAAACUAUUGUUCCUACUGCUAUAAGGAGGAGCUAAAGCGCAGGGAGCGGGAAAACAAAGGCCAUCGGCAUUGAAGUUGGUGGAGCGCUUCCCACGAAUAUUUAUUUCCUCCAUUUUCUUACUUACCAAGUGUAUGGCAAUGGAUUAUAGGAGGAAGGAAAACGGGAUCUAUGGGGAGAAAGGUCUAGC